AGCCAGAAAACAGGAGGAACUAGCCAGGACGGGGGUGUGGAGGAAACGGGUUACGACGACGUGUUCCCCUACGGUGUCGCUUGCAGCGCGCUGCGCCAAGGUGGGGAAGACGCGAUUGGUCGGUCGACACACCCUCCACUACAAUCGUUCUUCUGGAUUUCUGCCCAUUUUACGCAAAGCAAGACCGACCUGUGCUUUUUUGCACGCACGCGUGUUUUCGCAUUUCAGAGUCUCUGGAGAGAGUGUUUCCUCCGUGUGUCGACAAAAUGGUGGCCAAGAAGUCCGCGAAAUCCGCCAAGCCUAAGGCUUCCGGCAAGUCUGGCAAGGGCAAGAAGAAGCGCGCUGAGUCGUACAGCUCGUACAUCUUCAAGGUUUUGAAGCAGGUGCACCCUGAGACUGGCAUCAGCAAGAAGUCCAUGAUGAUCAUGACUUCCUUCAUUGCUGAUACCUUCGACAAGAUCGCCUCGGAGGCUGGCAAGCUCUGCAAGUACAACAAAAAGGACACUCUGUCCUCCCGGGAAAUCCAGACCGCCGUUCGUCUGGUUCUCCCCGGAGAACUCGCAAAGCACGCUGUGUCUGAGGGCACCAAGGCCGUCACCAAGUACACCGGCAAGUAAAUUGCGAAAAAACGCCCUCCACGUCAUCUAGACGGGGCAAAUGGCGCAGACGCCGCUGAAUGAUUCUCUCAAGUAGUCUCGGCAGUUUACACUUCGUUUUUCAUGGCUCGAUUUUGCAUCCUGUGCAGUCCUGUCAUAACCAACUUAGGCUUCACUAGAAGCCACCAAACAAUUUUCCCACAGGGGUCCAAUGCUCUGUCGGUGUCAGCACCGAUGAGCACCAAUGAGUGAAAACCAGUGCGCUGUGUCGUUUGUCUUUGGCGACACAACACUGUCUUAGCGGGGUAACCAAUCGCAAGGCCGAGAAACAGUGUUCGGGAGGAGGAGGUGGUGACGUCUUUUUCUGACAUGAAUCCGGAGCAGGGAGUGACCUAAUCCUGUCAGACCUUGCCGGGUAUUUGACAGUGCUCUCAGAGUUUACCCUUUCUCUCCCCAUUCGCUGGGAUUGCGUGUGAGUGGUACGAUUCCCCAUAGGCGUGCGCUGCAAAAUUCAGUGCAGCUGUUUCCUAAUUUUUUUAUCGUCGGGUCUUGCGAAUUCUUCUGUGUAGCUCUUGCGGCGUGUGAGGGGUCCGGAUUUUUUUUCUUGCCGUAAGCACCUACACACAUUGUUGCAGGGCAGAUGGUAGGCCGUUUUUUGAUUCGUCACAGGGCUUUUCGCUGAGUGCUCCGUCGCUUCAGUAAUUUUCACAGGGGACAGACACCGCCGGAAUCAGAGAUGGCACUGAAUCUUCUGAAACUUGUCGGAACUCCAUGGUGUGUAGGGUCUGGGGUGCUCAUGUCAAUUCAUCCCUCUUCUGUAAUUUGCUUCAUGUUUAUAAUGUAUCGACUGAGGUGAAAGACCUCACACACCAAAUGUUUACGUUGUUCCGUUCCGCCGAGUUAUUCUCAAGCGUAGGUCUUGGUUCAUAUGUUGUGUGAGUCUUAUUGGAAUGCAUCGGUAGAGUGAGUGUUGAAUGCAGGUUCGUAGGAGUUAGAGUGUCUUUUCUCACCCUCCACAAAGUCGUCAGAACGCACCACAGGGUUGCCUAAGUAGUGGAUGAUUCUGCAGGAUUCCGCAGUAGCGUCGCUGUUCACGGGCUAUCAUAACGUGCAUAACUUUAUGUGAACCCGUUUUGGUAUGCUUCGGUUUGAAGGCUGAUACAUCACGAAAGUCUCGUAUUUGCGCCACUUGCGCUGCUGACCGCUGCUGCGCAACAGCUCUUCCAGUUUUCUGUGCCACCAUACGGUAGAGCACUGACACCGUGUUACGCAGGUGGCGCGGGUUCAUGGAAGAUAUAAAGUGCGUCACGCAUGCGCAUUGACUUUGGCUCUGCGAGGUUACGUGAUGCUAGAACACUUGGAACCUAACGGCGGCCCUACUCUUUUCCAAGAACAGCAAAGGUCAUGCUUCUCUCCAAGAAUUCUGACGGUGAAAUCAGAAAAGCUGGCAGUACCACGUCGGCUCUUGGUUCUAUGGUGUAGCGGUUAGCACUGCGGACUCUGAAUCCGCCGACCUGGGUUCAAAUCCCAGUAGGACCUUUGUAGAGUUUUUCCUUCCUCGUUCAAAAUGCUCUUUCUACUGUUCCCUUCAGGUCACACGGUAGAUUCUUUAGCCUUCCUGUUAAAAGUGUCUCGAGCGCUUCGGGAAUCUCCGGAUCCUCCCGUGAGGAAACGGUCUGUCCGUACGCCGUCUCUGUAUCCGAUGGUGUUCCGCCUCCGGUGUGAGUGCGAAAAUGCGCAAGCGUAAAGGAUAAAAAUGCGUUUGCUCUCUAUUACGAGUUCCCUUAUGAUUUCCUUGCUUUCUUCAAGAUUCCAGAUUGUUUGCAUUUCGUUUAUCUGGUGAAUGUGCCUGCACGGAGGAGGUCGUGGCGACGCGACGAGUAGGAGCAUUGCAAGUCUCGUGGCAGAAAAAUUUGCGGGUUCGAUUCCCGGCGGUCGCACCUUUAGUUUGGCUUUUUUCCUUUGAUAUUUAGCCGGAAAAAGAGUUCAGCAUGCGCGCCCACACAUGCAGGGAUGAUAGGUUUUUGCCCAUCUUCAGAUGCACAGUGAAUAGGUCCGUGGGCGCAGCAGCUUUUUCCUGCUGACUACUUUUCUUCCCCUCUCUUCCGUUUCUAAUACACACACACACACACACUUCGGUGCCUAGACAGAUUCCUGCAUAUCGCACCUAAAUGGCAUUUUCUAGCGUAUUCUGAGGUGUGAAGAGGAACUCCACUGAACAUCGGUGGCUGCUUACUAUCUGUGUCACCAACACGGAUCUGCAUCUGGCCUUGAACUAUAUCUACGCCACUGAAGUGGACGCCGAAGAAAUGCACGCAGCCAUCUUACUAAUUGAUUGUCGGACUUUCCAAGAAGAACUGACCUUUCCGGUAACGCGUGUGACACCUGAGGCACACCAACGGCUUUCCUCCGAACUGAGUUGAAAGCUGCUCCGCGCCGC